UGUACGUCAUCUCCCUUCUCUCUUGCGUGUCAACAUGGCGGCAUCCAUGGCAUCCCAGGCUGCAGCAAGAGGACUGAGGACAGCUACCUCAAAACACAUACUUCUGGACAAAGUCAAGUGCACCUGGUCGAGUCCCAGGAGAUGGCUGAAUCUGCAAGAGUACCAGAGCAAGAAGCUGAUGCAAGAGAGUGGCGUGGCCGUCCAGCGCUUCUACGUGGCCGACACAGCUUCUGAGGCCCUGGAAGCUGCAAAGAGGCUCAAUGCCAAGGAGAUCGUGCUGAAAGCUCAGAUCCUGGCCGGUGGCAGAGGCAAGGGUAUGUUCGACAGUGGCCUUAAAGGUGGAGUGCACUUAACUAAGGACCCUGCGGUGGUUGGUGAACUGGCCAAUAAGAUGCUGGGUUUCAAUCUUACUACCAAGCAGACACCCAAAGAUGGAGUAAAAGUGAAAACGGUGAUGGUUGCUGAGGCCCUGGACAUUACCAGGGAGACCUAUUUUGCCAUCCUAAUGGACCGCUCCUGUAAUGGUCCCGUCAUGGUAGGAAGCCCCCAGGGAGGUAUGGACAUCGAGGAGGUAGCGGCCAGCACCCCAGAACUCAUCUUUAAGGAAGUUAUAGAUAUAUUUGAAGGUGUGCGAGACGACCAGGCACUUCGCAUGGCAGCUAAUUUGGGUUUCAAAGGACCUCUGCAGAGACAGGCAGCAGAUCAGAUUAAGAGGCUCUAUGAUCUGUUCCUGAAAGUCGACGCCACUCAAGUCGAAGUCAAUCCUCUCGGAGAGACUCCCGAAGGACAAGUGGUUUGCUUUGACGCCAAGAUCAACUUUGACGACAACGCGGAGUUCCGUCAGAAAGCUGUGUUUGCCAUGGACGACAUGACUGAGAGCGACCCCACGGAGACGGAGGCAGCCAAGUGGGACCUCAAAUAUAUCGGACUGGACGGAAACAUUGCCUGCUUUGUGAAUGGAGCCGGUUUGGCCAUGGCCACAUGUGACAUCAUUGACCUGCAUGGGGGAAAACCCGCCAACUUCCUGGACCUGGGGGGCGGAGUCAAAGAGAGGCAGGUGUACGAGGCUUUUAAGCUGCUCACCGCUGACCCCAAGGUUGAAGCCAUCCUCGUCAACAUCUUCGGCGGCAUCGUCAACUGCGCCAUCAUUGCCAACGGCAUCACCAAAGCCUGCCGAGAGCUGGAGCUGAAGGUGCCGCUGGUGGUCAGGCUCGAAGGGACCAACGUCCACGAGGCGAAGAGGAUUCUGAGUGAGAGCGGCCUGCCCAUCACCGCCGCAGAAGACCUGGACGAUGCCGCCAAGAAAGCAGUGGCUGCCAUCAAGAAAUAGAAAAGCUGUGUAAAAACUCACCACGCUCUGUCCGCCCAUCACUAACAUUCAUGUCAGCCUUAGAUCAUCGCCAUCAGACUUUUUCUUACACAUGCAGAACCAGAAGACUGUGUUCUCAGAGGCCUUUUCUUUUUGUUUAACACAUGUUUUUCACACAUCAUGCUUUCUGAGGUGGCUUAUGACGCCUUACACAAUUCAACUUUUUCUAAUUAUUGCUUCUGUGCGGUGCAAAUUGACUGCUUUUUUUAAUUUCUAAUCAUUUCCCCCAUUUAAAUACAUACUAACUGGGAGAAUCACUUCCAUGCUUCUUGUUAUUUUACAGUAGAAAAAGUCAACAUAAUCCUUUCAUAAACUGUUAGAAAACUCUUGCGACAUCUGUCAAAGGUUGGAUGGAGAGCCAGUACUUCAUGCAUUCCAUUUUUCAAGGCAAAACACAGCUUCUUUUCUCUCUCUCUACAUAUUGUUUCAUUUCUAUGGAAUAUUAACUGAGAAAGACAUUUUCCAUUUUCACGUCCAGCCUUUUGUGUACGAUACUUUAAAGGCUCAGACGACGAUUCAUGAGCUGUGAAGGCGUUUCGUUGGCACCAGCUGUAACUGAAGCGAAUGAAAGCGUUGCAGCGAGCUCUAAACUUUGGAUCAAUCCGGCUGUUUACUUUAUUGUCCAAGUUAGUUACAAAGCCUUACCUGUGUUUCAAACGAGGUAUGAAGUACCCACUCUGUGAAUUUGUACAUCAUGUCUUAUUUAUAAAGUGCUCCGAUGAUAUACAGCCUGUUGCCUGCUUUAAUCUGUGCCUAUUAAAUGCAGGCCGAAGGCUUUUGGAAACUAUCUUGGCAACUCUUUCAUUUCCAGCAAAUAGUUUCUAACAGAGGUGUUGAGAAAACGAAUCAGAAAAGAGAAAUUGUACUUUUCUUUUUUAAUAAUCAUGAAUGUAUAUUGACAGGAUCUCUGGAAUACAGUGUCAAAACUGUGUAUAUAAUUUGAGAUAUUAAAAACAAAUGUUUCAAGACGA